AUGAGGUUGGAAUUCUUGUACUUAUGGAGUACCCAGUUUCAUGUUGAUAAUCUAUCGAGUGCUCACGUUUACCUGCGCCUUCGCGAUGGCGAAACGUGGGACCAGAUCCCACAGCCGCUCUUAGAAGACUGUGCCCAGCUCACCAAAGCCAAUUCCAUUGAAGGAAACAAGAAGGAUAACAUCACAGUGAUUUAUACGCCAUGGUCAAAUUUGCUGAAAGACGGGUCAAUGGCGACUGGACAGGUCUCAUUCCACAAUCCCAAAUUGGUCCGAAAAGUGUACGUUCGACAGCGAGAAAAUGCAAUUGUCAAUCGGCUCAACAAGACUCGCGAGGAGAGAUUUCCCGAUCUUCGCGCAGAGAAGGAGGAAUCUCUGAAGAAAAAGCAAAAGGAAGAACGAAGAGCGAGAGAUGAGCAACGUGCCAAGGAAAAACAGGAAAAGAGGGAACGUGAACAGCUUAAAUGGCAGAAAGAGCAUGCCUACGAUGACCUGUUCAGUGAAGAGAACAUGCAGGCGAGCAGCAAUCAGGAGCGAGAUUCAGACUUUCUGGACGACUUUAUUGGUGUUGACAGCUAUGCCCUGGAUCUGGUACGGAGUACCCAGAGUCGCGUCGGCCGUUUAAACAAUUACCAUCCCACCGAAGCUUCCUUGAACUACCAUUUACACAAGAUGCCCGAAGCAGCCGUCAAGUCGAAAAAGAGCAAGAAGAACAAGGGCACUGCAAAAAAAAAGGAAGCCCAAGAUGUCAAGGCCGAGGACGGGAAUGUAGACGGGCCUUUGGGUGAACAAACUGAUAGUCUUCUUGACACGCAGGAACCCAAUGACUCACAGCCACUUACGACAGCUCAGGCUACGCUUGUUGGGGCAUCCGGAGGAAAUGAAGCUGAGUACAACUCAUCGAAAGAAUCUGCGGACCCAAAUAUCCAUGAUGAUGCACCUGGAAAAGAAAGUGAAGAUCCAGAGUCACCCUCGUCGGACAGGUUUGACGCUCUUGUUCGAGAUCGAGACUCUCUUCGCGCCGAAGUCACAGACAUGCGCAAAUCUUUGGAGGAAAUACAGUUCAAACACCGCGCAGAGAUGGAAGCUUUUCAACAGAAAUUGGACGAUGCCGAAAGCAAGAAGGAGCACGCAGAGGCACAAUUUCAGAAGCUUCUGGAAAGAGUGAACACCAUCAAAGCGCAGCUGGGUGAAAGGCUCAAAGAAGAUGCUGAAGAACUUGCGCAAGCCAACUCCAAGAUCGAGGAGCUCGAGGAACAAAAUUCAAGCUUGAGAGAUGCCUUGGAUGCGAAAAACUCGGAGCUGGCAGAGCUCACCCAAGAUAACGAGCAGAAGUCAAACGAAAUCGCUACACUGAGAAGUCGAAGUAACCUAUCUCAGCAGAAUUGGCUGAAGGAAAAGGAGGAGCUCCUGGAACGAGAAUCAUACCUGCAGUCCGAGUUCGAGCAAGCAAAAGAAGCCAUGCAUAACUGGGAGAUCCUCGCUAUGGAGGAGCGAUCUAUAAGAGAGAGCCUAGGUGAAAAGGUCACCGACCUUGAAGAGCAGCUGGUCGCUCUUAAGGACUCGUAUGAGAAGGUCGUUUCCGAGCGUGAUUCUCAGUUAGCCACCGUGGAUGGUUUACAACGUGCUUUGCAAGAGAUUCAGACAGCUCGGAAACAAGAACUCCGUGAUCUCGUGGAAAGCUCGAACACUCAGCUUGAGGAGCUAAGACAGGCUCUCCAAGACGCCGAGGCUAAAGCUUUCGAGGCCGAGAAAGCUCUUCAAGCUGCUCAGAAGGAGCUUGAAAGGGUAAAGCCGUUUGAGAAAGAAGUCAAGGAGAAGAACCUCCUGAUCGGGAAGUUAAGACAUGAGGCAGUGACACUGAACGACCAUCUCACCAAAGCCUUACGAUUCCUCAAGAAAGGCAGAGCUGAGGAUAACGUUGAUAGGCACAUCGUUACAAACCAUUUGUUGCAUUUUCUCGCCCUUGAUCGAUCAGACCCGAAGAAGUUUCAGAUACUGCAGCUUAUCGCAGCACUUCUGGGGUGGACGGACGAGCAGCGUGAGCAAGCAGGCCUUGCACGCCCAGGAACAUCAAGUACUGCCGGCAAGCUCAAAAUACCGAGUAUAUCCAUGCAUCGUACACCCAGCACGCCUACCCUAGCCACGGAUUUCUUGGACCACGGGAACCCAAGCAAAGAGUCACUGGCCGAACUCUGGUCCAAUUUCCUAGAGCAGGAGUCACAGGCUAGCGGGAAUCAAGAAUCGCUGAAACCCUGA